GCCGCGGAAAAAUCCGACUCCUACAAAAAUUUCGAAACAACAUUUGACACCGUUGCAAACGCUUCUACAAUUGGGUUUCCCAAAACAUCGGGCGUAUGUGUGACUCUGUAAUAUAAAAUCAUAUUUACAUGUCACUUACAUAGCGUGUUAUUCAUGCAACGCAUGUGGUUUAUUCACUGUAAACAAACAGCUGUCAAACGUGGCCUUGAGUAACGCUAUUUUGCGUCAUUAUCUUUUUUAAUUGAACGCAGUUUAUUUUAGACGAAGCAAAUUAUGCCUGACAUUUAAAUGACGAAUAUCUUUCUGCAUUAUUUAAUGUUUCUAUUAGCAUUGAAAUACUACUGAAAACUUUAUUGCUGAAGAUGCAUAUUUUUCGACAUGGAAAAGGCAUUAGCUGCAACAGGACAUCGUGGUGUACAAUUAGCAUCGGAUUGGUUGGUGGCUCAUGUGAGAGAUCCAACUUUGGACUCUGAUAUUCAACGGCAGUAUGUUUUAUAUGCUUGUCCCACUGGAUCCUUAGCUGAACAGCUCGAGCUGUUUUGGUCGAAAAGUAAGGAGCUAGGCUGGAAUGGUGCUCAUAACUUUGUACCACACAUUACCCUUGUCUCCUUCUUUAACGCUCCGGAUGAGUACACCGAAGAGUUGGUAAAUGCUCUUGAGAACGUGAUUCAUCAGGAUGGGUUACACGAACAUAUCGAAUUGGAAACAUAUGUAUCGCCUAAUUUUAUGGGUCUUUUUGUCAAGGAUAUAAACGCGGAGUGGCUAAAAAACAUUGCUGUUCGCUACGUCAAUAAAAUUGCCUCACUUGGUAUCACUGCCAAACCGCAAGUGAAGUCUCUGCAUCUUACGCUAGCUUACCAAUUUCCCAGCAAUUUAUUCCAAUCUCUCCGCUUGAUGGUCGAGAAGUUAGGACCAAAUACAUCGACCAACUGGGAGCUCAGAUUGUACUCGAGGGAUUUAAGAUUGCAGAAUUUACACGUGCAUAAAGUAACGCACGCCCAUGUGCCUCGAGAGCACGAUGAAUUAGAAUUAAGAGUAGGAGAUUACAUUUACGUUCCAGAAGGAGCAUGUAAUGCGUCCACAGACGGUUGGGUGGAGGGUAUUUCCUGGUUAACCGGUAUAUCGGGUCAUUUGCCGUUGAAUCACACCAAGAGGACUGCGGAAUCGGAUUCGUGGACGUUGCACACCACUGUGCCGAUUACCGACAAUAAAAGUGAGAGCGCGGAAGAGGAGGAGAUCCCCAAAGUCAGGAGACCACCGCCGGUUUUGUCUCCGAGCGAUUCUAUCGAUACACCUGAUGGAAUUCCUACAGCCGAGGAACCAAUGGCAGCCGCGGAAGCACCUCAAACACCGUUCAGGGAGAUCUUUAUAUGUCGACACGGCGAGAGAGUGGACUUCACGUUUGGUGCUUGGAUUCCAUAUUGCUUCGAAUCGAAUGGCUGUUACGUGCGCCGUGACUUGAACAUGCCUAAAGAAGUACCAUCCAGGAAUAUCCAGGAUUUUCAAAACGAUAGUCCGUUGACCACUGUAGGCGAAAUGCAGGCGAGUUUAGUAGGUGAAGCCAUGAAGUCGUCCAGUGUUAAAAUAGAUGUAGCAUUUACAUCACCGUCGUUGCGUUGCGUGCAGACGCUUGCAAAUAUUUUGAAGGGACUCAAGUCCGACAUUCCGAUCAAAGUAGAGCCAGGCUUGAUAGAGUGGUUAGCAUGGUAUCCAAACGGUAUACCUGUCUGGAUGACCUCCGAGGAGUUGAUAAAGGCGGGCUUCAACAUAGACACCGAUUACGAUUCGAUCGUCAAGGCUAAGGAACUUCCGUUGAAAGAAAACGCCGCGCAGUAUUAUGAACGAAGUUAUGAGCUGAUCAAGAAGAUCAUAGAGAGUACAGUGGGCAAUAUUUUAAUAGUGGCGCAUGCUGCUUCCUUGGCAGCUUGCACCAAACAAUUAACUGGUGGUAGAAUACCUCCAGCAGCAGAAGUCACUAGAUUAGUUCAAAGGGUACCUUAUCUGGCGUGCCUGACCGCACGUCAAAGCAUUGAUGGAUGGCAGCUUCAUCCUCCUCCCUUCCCACCAAUCACUCACACUAGCAACAGCAGAUUCGAUUGGAAAGUUUUAAUGUAACAACAUUGCGUGAGCUUUAGCUUUUGUUGAGGAAGACAUUUUACAAAGCCUAUACGUACAAAAGACUGUUAUAAUACAAUGAAUUUUUAAGCAGGGCUUUAUCAAAUAUCAGUGAUAUUGAAAUAAUGGUAUUCAACGAAUCAAAAAAAGAAUUUCUGGAAGAAUCUUUAACAUACAAAAUACGAUAAAAGUUAAUCGAUUACUCGAUUGUUGAACAAUAUUUACUUCCUCAAAGUAAUAAAUACGGGUAUUGAAGAUAGUUUUAUCGUUUAAUUACAGAUAUAGAACAAAUACUAGCCACAAAAUGUUAUUGGUACUAAUCUGUUAAAAGAAAGAAAAAAAAUAAGACAAACUAGUCUUGAUUGGCCAUUUUCUUGCCGAGUCUUGGAUGAGGCACUAAAUAGAGAA